AUGGGGCCCAAAGAAUCCAACCAUGUCCAUUGGAAAGCUCCGACUUUGAUGCUGUUUCCCACAGCAGUAGGAAUUGGCCUUGCUUUAGGACAGCACUUUUUCUACCAGCACCUUGAUGGAAGAGCUACCGACGGCUCCGACACCAAAUUCUCGCAAGCCCUCAACACCGGUAUAGGCACCGCGUUUGCGUUUCUGGUUAGGUCUUUCUUGGUCCUAGCCAUGGGUACCGCCUACGCCCAGCUGUUUUGGCAACGACUACGCCACAAACAGGUCAAAUUCACCGAGAUUGACUCACUCUUCGCCAUCUUGACAAGUCUGAUGGACCUGUUGCGCUGGAGAAUCUGGAUCCACCAUCCCUUACUGGCCAUUGUCGCUCUGUUGGCAUGGAUGCUGCCCUUGACAGCUGUCGUGGCGCCUACCGCGCUGACUACGCAUUGGUCGGAAAACUCUCGAGAAACAUUCAAACUGGCAAAUGUCCCCACUCCGGACUUCAAUCGCAGCUCGUAUGCCAUAUUCGGCACCGACUACACCAGUGAAUAUCUCACUUGGAGGGGCUCCCAGUAUACGCUGGACAGGCUCACGCUCGCAACUGCUACUGGAGGUGAAAUACUAUCUGCACCCGCCCCUGCGGUCAACUCAUCCUACACCAUCGAUUUCUAUGGCCCGUCGCUACAGUGCCAGCCUCCACCCACCGCAUUCAACCAAAGUUUUCAGACACUCAUCGGGGAUUUGGAACAGGGAAAACUGCUUUACGAACGGAUCCUCUACCUCGCUUGGCGUCCUAAUGUCACCGACAACUUGCUAUGGUUGGAAACAAUGCUUGAAUCGGGUUUCAAUCAAGGUGGCGGAAAUCUGAUCGGGCCCGGUGAUCAGCUGGCCACCGUGUACUUCGCCUUCAAUCGCGCAUAUACCCUCUCACUGGUCGAAUGCACCUUGAUGAAUACAUCGUAUGUGGUAGACAUCACGAAUUCAGAUGGUUUCCAGACCCAACAGGUUCGCCAUUCAAAGCCUCUGGGUGCCAUCACGACGAUCGUCGGGUACCAGUACUCCGCCGAUGAUGCAUUGCGGAAGCUCAUGGCUUACGAAUCCAUACUCGCAUCCUUCUUCGGUGUCCUUCAAGGAAGCAUCAUUCAUCCUGAAACUACUGAUACAAACGUUUGGUCCACUGAUACCACCCAGGUCAUGUCAACGACGCUCGGAUUAACCGACGAACUUUAUUCCAUUCUCACAGACUCAGACUCAAUGACCGACUUUGUAACGCCAGCGGAGCCUGACGUGUCAGCCAGUGGCAAGUCAUUUGCUCGGUCGGUAGAAGAAUUGUUCCAAAACAUCACAUUGAGCUUGAUGGCAUUCGAUCGGUACAGGACCAACUUCACAGACCUAGAGCAUCGGCACCCUCUGACAAACGUCACGAUAUUAUCGCCAUACAUUGUGUACAAAUAUGCCCCGCGAAAUCUCAUCAUAGCCUAUACCAGUGCAGUGGGUGUGGCGGUCCUGAGCGUCGCCGUCGGCUGUCUUGUUUUGUUCACUUCCGGAAAGUCAUACGGCAACAAUUUCACCACCGUCAUGAGAACCACCAACAACCCCCAGGUUGCAGCCCUGAUCACGCAUGAUGAUAAGGAUGGUCGAGAUCCGCUUUCAGAGCAUCUUGCGCAGGCGAAAUUUGAUUUGCACCAUGAGAGCACCGUGCCUGGAGAACUAACGCCGAACUCAACGCCCUUGAGCGCGGAAUCCGUGACCUCUGAGCAAAUUCCACUAGUCCGGGCAAAGUCGCUUCCAGCGCGUGGAUCAGUGACUAUCACCUCGACAGGCGCAACACCUUUGCCUUUCGAUCAGCUAGCGGUAGAGAAGAGCCAAUCCGAUGAGGGAGAUCCAGCGGCUCGGGAAGAAUGUAACACUGACCUUGGCGGGGAGCGUCCGUUACACCGUACGACCUGGUAA